UCACAUCUCUGCCUCUCUCUCUCUCUCGCUCUCUCUCUCUUCUUGCUCUCCUCUGGAAUGUCUCCAGCGCCACUGCUUGCCAUUCUGCUGCCGAAACCCUGUUAGAAAAUUCCCUGAGCUCGGCACCGGAGACGGGACACAGGAGAAAGGAAGGACUGUGGAGGGGGGGGGGGUUCAGGAUCCCUCAAAGCACUGAGGAGUCUUUGUUCUUGUGCAGGCUUUUGAUUAUUGACCUUUUCAGAUGCCUCUCGCUGCUGUGAGGACGGACUUGAAAUGCAAGACCUGAAGUGAAUCGGGAGAGCAGAAGGGGAGCAUUUCCAGCAGCAGCUUUUGUGGCUUUGUUUUGCCUCACAGAACAAAGUGGCGUGGAUGGAGGCACGGCGUUUGGGACUUGGCAGCUGAAGACCCAAUUCAUUUCCAAGGCAAGAAAAAGAACUUCUGAGGAAAGAGAAGAUUUUCGAACAGACCAAGUCAACAAGAUAAGAGAUUUUGAGAAGUCGCUGUUGGGACGUCAGGCUUUCUCUCCACUCCUUCCGUCGCUUUUCUUCUGAAUCUUGGGUUCUGCUCCCUCGAUCGCGGCUCAGCCAUGCAGGUGUCCAUAGCCUGUACGGACCACAACCUGAAGAGGGGCAAUGGGGACCACAGCAAGCAGAGUGCCACCAGUCCCAACGUGGUGAACCAAGCCAGGGCCAAGUUCCGCACCGUGGCCAUCAUCGCUCGCAGCUUCGGCUCCUUCACGCCGCGACACCAUAUCUCGCUGAAGGAGUCCACAGGGAAACACACCGGCAUGAAAUACAGGAACCUUGGAAAAUCAGGACUUAGAGUAUCUUGUUUGGGAUUGGGAACAUGGGUGACAUUCGGGGGACAGGUGACAGAUGAGGUUGCAGAGCAGCUGAUGACUAUCGCCUAUGAGAGUGGAGUCAACCUGUUCGACACUGCCGAGGUCUACGCAGGCGGCAAGGCUGAGAUCAUUCUAGGAAAUAUUAUCAAGAAGAAAUGCUGGAGGCGAUCCAGUUUGGUCAUUACAACUAAACUCUACUGGGGAGGAAAGGCAGAAACAGAGAGAGGACUGUCAAGGAAACACAUUAUUGAAGGUCUGAAGGGCUCUCUACAGAGGAUGCAGUUGGAGUACGUAGAUGUUGUUUUCGCCAACCGUCCCGACACCAACACUCCCAUGGAAGAAAUUGUGCGGGCCAUGACCUACGUGAUCAACCAAGGGAUGUCCAUGUACUGGGGAACGUCCCGGUGGACGGCCAUGGAGAUCAUGGAAGCGUAUUCAGUGGCCAGGCAGUUCAACCUGAUCCCUCCAGUGUGUGAACAAGCAGAGUACCAUCUCUUCCAGAGGGAGAAAGUGGAAGUACAGCUGCCUGAGCUUUACCAUAAAAUAGGAGUCGGGGCGAUGACGUGGUCGCCACUUGCAUGCGGCAUCAUCACGGGGAAGUACGAAAAUGGCAUUCCUGAAUCCUCCAGGGCAUCCAUGAAGUCAUACCAGUGGUUGAAGGAGAAGAUAGUGAGCGAGGAUGGGAGGAAGCAGCAAGCCAAGUUGAAAGAGCUCAGUCACAUCACCGAGAAGCUGGGCUGCACCUUAUCUCAACUGGCUGUGGCAUGGUGCCUAAGGAAUGAAGGGGUGAGCUCAGUCCUCCUGGGAACUUCCAACCCUGAACAGCUGACUGAGAACCUCGGGGCCAUACAGGUCCUUCCCAAGAUGACAUCUCAUGUAGUGUCGGACAUCGACCACAUCCUGGGCAACAGGCCAUACAGUAAGAAGGACUACCGCUCCUAGACCAGGCUGAUGGCCUAACAAGGUCAGCUGUACCUACUUACCUACCAUACCACUUCUGUGGACCCACCUCUCAAUGUUAACAUCCAUGGCUCUGUCCUUGGGCCCCCACACAGCUCCAGCUCCAGCCCAGUUCAGCCUGGAACCGACCAGCCUUGCUAAGCCCAGCAUUGUCUAACCUCGUCUCUUUGAGCCCUGCCCUGCUCAGAUCAGAUCAGCCUGGUUCAGCUCAGGUCCAGUUCAGCUCAGCCAAGAACAUCUUAACACAGCUCAGCUUUCUGCAGCUUGUAACGCAACCCAGAGUAACGUUGCAUAGCCCAGCCCAGGCAGGUGCUAGCUCAGCCCUGUCCAGUCCAAUCUAACUAUGCACAGCCUAGCCUAGCCCAUCUGUAGAUAAGACCAGCUAAGAUCCAGAUCCAUGCUAAUGCCAUCCAGAAAACACUACCCAUGCACAGCUCAACUCAGUCCAGGGGCCUUGUUUAUAGAAAUGUUCUUUGACUUCCACUUGAUCCAAAAAGUUUAAAACUUGCAUAGUGUGCACAAACACGAUUACUAUGACCUCUGCCCUGAAAUUAUAGGUACCUGGGAAUUAUAUAAGUGUACAUGAACAAGUUUCAGUUCAUUGCACCCUAAACACAAUGAGUUAGUCAUUGAUCAGUGCAUUUACUAAUUUGCUAUGCAAUGUGCAGCACUCAAAAAACUGUGGGCUUAUGACUAUAUUAAAUAAAUGGACUACUUUCACCUCUCUACACACUCAAGUCAUGAGAUGAAAAGUCUUUUUUAACAUGAAAUAUGAGAUGUCAAAAUGAAAAGGUGUACAUUUCUGCCACCUGCUCAUAUUGCUGAGAUGGAAGAACAUUUCUACAGGAGGCCUCAACUAACAGCUUCAACUAACAUAGUCCACAGUCUAAUUCCUACAAGCUUGAAUUAGCUUUAGUCCAGCUCAUCUCCACCAAAUUUAUCCAACCCUACGCUUUAUCCAGAAUAAUACUCUGUAGUUAUGCGAUAGACUGAAAUUAUCGAGCGUAUUACCCUGUAGGUGCAUGUGUUUCCCCUGCUAUGGUGUGCCUCAGUUCUUCUUUUCUACAAAGCUCAUAACAAAAUAAUAGCAGAGGGGUUUUGAUGAAAUAUAAAGCAAGCUUUUAACACAGUGCUUUAUAAGCAAGUUCUCUACAGGCAAGCUACUGUCAGUCCAUGAAACAGAGGAUUGUGGGACAUCAAGGGACUGAACUCUGCGGGGAGUGAGAGAGAAGCAUGUUGCCACCCUGUGGUUCUUUUGCAGAACUGCUGCUCUGCUUCACUAGAUAAUAGGAGAGAGAAAUACCAGAAAUACUCUGCAAAAAGCAGUGGACUGUUUUCCUCUCAACUUGCAUCCAUUGUGGGGACAUUUGUCUCCUUUCUUGCCUGUGAAUUCAACCUGCAUUACCGAUUGCCUAAAUGAAUCAUGAGGAUAUGGAACACCAUAUAAUAAAUCUAUGUAAUAAAUGGAUUACUGAUAUCCUGCUUGACAGUGGUUACCAUACCUGCUAAAAAUUGCUUGUUAAUGGUGCAGAGAGAUACAGACAAAGUAUCUGGGAUAUGGCAAUGGUUACAGUAUUUAUUCUAGAGUAGUGAAUGAAUAUGAAAUGUAUUUUGACAUUUUAAUGUAUUGUUUUUUGUUUGGGAAAUUCAUGGGUUGGGGUGUGUAUGUGUACAUAAACUGUUAAGGCAACAUUGUAACAUAAGCAAGGCCAUCGUCAAGCCUCUCUUCUUGCAUAUGAGAACUAAAUGGUACUGUAUGGCUAAGAUAUAAAUAAAAUGUAAAUAGAGUUCAUUCGUUUCUCCUCAGCAGUAUCAAUGUUGCAGUAUUUCAGUCCUCUCUUCAUCCCAUCCUACCCUGGCUUUACAGUGUGACUAACACCUGUUGCAGAACUGAUAUCUAACUCUUGAAGUUUAUUCAGUAAAAACUGUUUUGGAGUGAGGAUUACUUUUGCAUUGUUCUCCCGACACUGUAAAGUCAGCUCAUGAAAAAAACUAUUAAUGGCAUUAUUUAAAAGGUACUGAACUGCUGUUUAAAACUAUGUACUGUCCCAUGGAUAAUUAUCUCUUAUCAGUUGGCUCUGCUCUUCAUCUUCAUCAUCAUGCCAUUGUUGUUGAACUUUUUUCAUCUGGAAAUAAAGCCAUCACAGAGAUCAAUGGAAAAGUUGGCCAGAUUCCAGUUGAAUCACUGACUGACUUCCUGGUACACAUUUGUCAACUUCCAGUACAAACACUUUCCAUCUUUUAAUCACAAGAAAUUUGAGUCAGUGCCAGCUAGCUUUUGGCCAAAAAUGUUGUUAGUCAAAUUAGAAUGAACUAUCAGUAUUAGCCCAAGGCAAAUUAUUUCAGGAAAACAACCUUGGAUGAUGGUUACAAUCACUUACCCAACCUUAGUGACUUGUACUUGUGGUGGUAAAUACAUUUACACUUAAUAUCACAAGAAAUAUGAAGGUAAUCCAUGUUCAAAUGGGUUUACCCUCUUCUACACACCUGCUGUGUGAAAUUUGUUAAUACGUAAAGUGUGCAAAUCACAUACAACUCUGCUAUUAUUUUGUGUGGAAGUCAACAAAGUGCCCGGUGAUUUGACUCAGUGAUCACACUGGAACAUGAGCUGCUGGCGUGUGUGUGUGUGGAGACUUCCACCCUACAGUGUGCCUUGACUUGAGUCCUGCUACAGGAAAAUUCAGGGAUGUCUUUCAUUACAAGGAGUUGCUUAAAUGUGUUUGGAUGCUGUCCUACAAAAAAAUGUGAGAAUAGAUGGCUCAGUAAUUGUGUAAAACUAUUUCAUCACUUCAGUAAUAGUUAUUGUAAGACUGUCAAUUCAGCUGGACACUGACAGAAGUUCACCCUACCAAGCGACAAUAUAUUCAUGAUGCACUGCUCAACAAAGUGCAGAGGCAACAUGCUAAAACAGACAAUAUGACAGAUACAGCCUUUUAAAAUGCAGUGUGUUGUGCUCCCUAUGUAUGGAGUCCUAUUGCAUAGCAGACAACUGAUCCAGAAUGACAAUGGCUUUAUUCCGCAUUGGUCUUUAAGACUUUAAUUCAAUUCUCCAGAGUACCUCCCCAAAGAAAGACUUCAGACAUGCAAUUUUGCUUUCAUUGUUUUAGUAACACCUUAGUCACAAGAUGAUAAUCUAGUUCUCUGAUCCUGAUCCUGUCAGCCUGAUUCAAGCAUUAACCAAAAAGAUCCAGGUUCAAGCAAUUGUGCCAACAAGCAUCAGCCCUGCUUUAGUGUUUUUGAGCAAGGCACUGAAUACCGAUCAGCUCCAGGGCACUGUGUUGCUGACCCCCUAGUCUGACCAAGAGAUUAGAUUUCCCUGCAGUAAUCAGUCCAAUAUUACAUCAGUAAAUGCACUGUUUUUGCAGUGAUUCUUCUUUUUUUCACACAUUUGUCACCAUCAACAGGCUUUCAAAUUGGAUUUUCUAAAAGCUUUCAAAGUCAAAAGGCCAAAAUGGAGCAAAGCCACAAGCAUUUGAGCAAUGGCUGGAUUUCCACAAUCUGAUUCUUAGCCCUUAUUGAUCCAGAUGAGAGUUCAAAGCAAGACAUGAAAAGACACAAUAGGUCACAUAGGUUUAAACCUCCAAUUAUUUUUUCUGGCAUAACUCCAGCCUUGAUUACCUUAAUUCUCAUAAAAAUGUAAAGUACUGUAAUCUACUCUUCAGAGCAACACUAAGUGUUGUUUUCUACAGUAUGUGAAGUUGUGGGUGGAAAAGACAUGUUUAAAAAGUUGUGAAAUUGCAAAUCGUCAGUGUAUCUAUAUCCAUACUUCCUCUCCUGUUAAGUGAUUUUUCUGUAAAUAGUCUACAUGAACGUGUGAUUAAAUAAAUGCAUAAUGCCAACA